AGGUGAAGUACUUUGAUAUGCGGAUGCUUUUCCUAAUCUCCGCGCUUUGCGCUGAAGUUCGGCCGCGAAUUCGCGAUGAAUAUCAUGGACUCAUAUAUCUUAUGGAAGCCAUUGAUCUCAUACUGAAGAAUAAUUCGGAGAAUUUGGCCGAAAAGAUACCCAACAAAAACAAGCGCCGCUCAAAGGGCUCCCGUAGAGGCAAAAAGGGCGCCUCCACUGAGGUGGAGGUCGACGACUGUCUGGUCGCCUACUAUUUGGACGACUCGGAGGUGGACUUCGCCAACGAAGUGCUGAAGUCGUUGUUUAAUCUGACGAUUAAUGUCGACAGAAAUAAUUUGGAUGAGAUAGAAGAGGCGCACUUCCUUAGACUCGUGUCUAUACUACACGACCUCCUCUUAUGCGACACCAAAUCCAAAGACAAGAAGGAAGACCUACAGAGCCAUACCGUCAAUCUGUUGACGUCAAUGCCUGCGCCCAGCUUUGAAGAGUUGCUGUCGCCGGUCACGGAAAUGGGUCGACCCGACAAUCCCGACCACGAAUACGACGAAAUGAAUGUGGAAGUGAUC